AUGAAGGGUCGAGCUGCGACGAACGAGUUAGCAGUGUGUGACGUGGCAGAGGAAACUGCAAAAACGAUUUUGCCACGUUGGCAGAGGAGCUCAUGGUGUUCUCAUGGCGAGCGGAACUGGAGAUAUGGAAAGGGUUGCAUGAACAGAACAUUACCGUUGUCAGAGUGGAGCAGCAUCAAGGUCACAAUCUUUGUGGCUUCACUGUUUGGAACGUGCAGAAAGUGCGGUGAUGUGUUAUGUGGAGGCUCGAGUCGCGACGUACGAGUGACAUUCCAGACGCCACUGCCAGAAGCUGCGUUGAUGGAGGUGUUCGGGGGGGAGACAGAUCUUGCAGUCGGAUGGAGAGCUUUCGUCGGAACCCCCCCGAGUCUUGCCGAGUUAGUGACCUUCAGCAUUCUUGACCUGCGGCGAGCUUCAGGUCACUGGAUCACCACCAAGCUAUGUGGCCUAACCAGUACGCUUGCUCGCUUUGCAAAAGCCUCCACCACACUAAGCUGGGCGGCGAUACAGGCGGCGAUGCAGUUCACCGUCCUCACAACAGCUUAG